CACACCAGAGAGUAAGUAAGAAGAACAUAUAUCGACGUAUUUCGAAGAUUCCAGACGUAAUACACACACAUGCAUACGAGAUGGGUGGCUCGAAGAGUAUAUAAACGACCGUCUAACCGCAUUUUGAUGGGGGGAGAUGUUAAUAGGAGAAAAAUUUGGGAUUGUAAUAGUAAUAUUUGUGAUUUUGAUAAUUUCGGCCCUUGGGACCUAUGUGGUCUUAAGGGCCUUUCGCGCUAAUGUAAAAAAGAAAGACAAUAAAAAUCAUAUAUGUAAGGGAAAGUAUAGAUGCGGUGGAGGGCAGCUUGAGCUGAAAAACCAACUUGGCUCGGGUGCCUAUGGGGUUGUUUGUGCCGGAUAUUUUAAAAACUCUGAAAAUGGGGUGAAAUCGGUGGCUGUAAAAAUCAUCAAGCCAACGGAAAAUCGAAAGGCUAUAGAUGAUGUGAAUUUUGAACGUAACAUCAUGGCGCAAUUGGGAAAACAUCCCAAUAUCGUUGAAUUGCACAUUCCGACCAUCAUCAAGGACCAUGACUUUAUUGUCAUGGUAAAAUGCAAAUACGGGAGUAUCCUGUAUUGGUAUCAACAUUUUAAAUCAGAUGUUAAAUUAUUGAUCAAAUGGGCAAUUGAUGUUGCAAAUGGACUAAGAUAUAUAACAUCACGUGGAUUCGUCCACAAUGAUAUUGCCGCAAGGAACAUCAUGUUGGAUGAUGGACCGAAUGGACCGAUUGCCAAAGUUGGUGACUUUGGUUUGACCAGACGCGUAGACCCAGUCACCAAAGUCUAUAAAAAAAGAGAUGGUGAUAAACUACCACUAGUAUGGUCUGCUCCAGAGUGCUUGUAUAACAACAUCUACAGCGAAGUCUCAGACGUCUACUCGUUCGCCAACUUUAUGUUCGAAAUUUGUUCGCCUGGACAAUACCAUUAUCCGGGCUAUCAAAUGAAGAAGCCACCCCAUGCAACACCAGCUAUGUGUGACUUGAUGCAAAAUUGCUGGCAUAAAGAUCCAUCUAUUCGUCCCAAGUUUGUCGAAAUAAUCCAGCAACUCACCAGAAUGCAGUAAAGAACAUCCAGCACUGGGGAAUCCUGCGUGAAGGUCAUACAUAAACAACAACAAAAUAUGAAGAAAAAAAAAACAGAAAAAAUGUUGUGUUUCAAGUUUUCUUGAAUCUGUACCACGGUUUUUUUACCAUUCAAAAUCAUCAAAAAUACAAUUAAACACAACAAUUUUUUCGCAAAAAAA